AUGCAGACCCUGCAUUUUUCUCGGGUGUGGGAAGUAGGCAACAGUAACAGAAAUAAGCAAUUACAGAGUUUACCCCUCAAUCCCAAGCCUUUUCUCAAUGGACUGACAGGAAAGCCAGUGAUGGUAAAGCUGAAGUGGGGAAUGGAAUACAAGGGCUACCUGGUCUCUGUGGACGGCUACAUGAACAUGCAGCUUGCGAAUACGGAAGAAUACAUAGAUGGGGCAUUGUCUGGGCAUCUGGGUGAAGUUCUGAUAAGGUGUAAUAAUGUCCUUUACAUCAGAGGUGUUGAAGAGGAGGAGGAAGACGGGGAAAUGAGAGAAUAGCAUCUUUGGGGGGAUUUUUUUUUAUAUAUAUGUAUUUCUAUACAAUAAAGAUUUUUUUUUUCAACUUGACUUGUGAACUAUUUAUAUGCAGACAUAUGCAAAGCACAAAUGUUAAAACAAUGGAUGGAUAAUUCAUAGAACUGAUACUUUAAAAGCCACCCAGUUUCAUUUAAGGUGACUUUGGUAAGCCCACUUCUGUUUUAUCUAAUUUUUUUCCUAUAAAGGAUGAUUCUUAUUCUUUAGAAUUUUUUUGAAGGUGAGUUUCAGCCCUUAUCGUUGUAUUAACUGAGACCUUUUAAAAGCAGCUGUGUCAUAUAAGGUUUUCAAACCACUUUUAACAUGCAUAAAGUUAAACAUUUUCUUAGUAUUAAUAUAUAGUAUUAACAAGUUAUUUCUAUUAUCAAUGUAGACUAAAUAAUGUACAUAUUGUAGCUAAGUCAGAACAUUAAGAUUGAAGUAAUUAUGGAGAUAGAGCUUAGUACAAAUUGAUAUUUAGG